AAGAACGCCGAGUUUGAAUUUCUUUCGGGUUUCUGAGACAGGAAAAGGAAGGGAAAAUGGCGGGAAAACGUUCGUCGCCGUCGUUCUCUUCUCCGCUGCUAAAACCGCCUCCGAUGAAGGAUGAAGGAGAGACGGCGGCGUUGUGCUGGAGGAAGGAGGUCGACGAGAAAUUGAAGCGUCUCCAGUCGCUGCUCUUCGGCGCCGACCACUUCCUCGAGAAGCGCGACUUCUCCUCAGCCCAGAUCCUCGGCCUUCGCCUCCUUGGAUUCCUCGAUUCGCAAAUUGUCUCCGAAGAAGAUCGCGUUUUCAUUGGUCCCAUCCGUCGGGAAGCUGCCUCUAAAGUCGAGGCUGCUUUUGAAGGACUCGUUUCGGAUUCGGAUCGACGGGCCUUCGAACUUGCAAAAACCGCUCCUGGAAUUGUCUUCAGCAACCAAGGCGAAUUUGACGUCGAAAAGAUUAAGCAGUCAAAAUACUUUUGUGCUCUUCUUCAGCAGCCUAAUGGAAAGAGCAGUAAAGAGAUGGAAGAGCAACUGGAUAAGCGUAAGUUUAUCCCCAAGGCAUCGAAGUCAAUGACACAGACAAAACUGACUUCACUGUAUGGAGACACAAUUACUAGGCUGGAUGGCUUGCCCAAAAAUUCUCUGAACAAGCAAGCCAAUGGCUCUGAUGAAUGUAUCAUCCUUGAGAGAGGUCAUGGACAUGGUUUUGGAAUAAAGCGAGCUCACGCAGAUACCAGCAGCCCCACGAUUGAUGAGGAAACAAAGACAGAUGGACCUGCUAGGGGAUUCGUAACUGCCAAAGCUAAAUUGGAAAUGGAUGUGCGACAAAAGCGAGGAUCAAUAGGAUCGAUGAGUUCAUCACUUUCUCCACAGAGUGAUGGCAGUGCCUUAGCUAGGGGCUAUGGUUCAAGAUCAGGCGGAUACUUAAGGCGUGGAUACCGUGGCAAUUUUGUUCCACCAGUUAAAUCCAAUGGGAAUGGAAAUAAUGUCGGUAACAUGACAUCCCGAAUUGGUGGCAGGACUGAUGAUGCAUUGGACGAAUCUACCAGAACAUGCUUGGAGAUGCUCUGUGGUCCUGAUGGCGAGCUCCCAGAGAAACUGAGGAACUUGGAACCUCGCCUUAUAGAGCAUGUCAGCAACGAGAUAAUGGAUCGAGACCCCAAUGUCCGGUGGGAAGAUAUAGCUGGUCUGGAGCAUGCUAAAAAGUGCGUAACCGAGAUGGUCAUUUGGCCAUUGUUACGUCCUGACAUAUUCAAAGGUUGUCGUUCGCCUGGAAGAGGGCUUCUCCUUUUCGGUCCUCCAGGUACUGGUAAAACGAUGAUCGGAAAAGCUAUAGCUGGAGAAGCCAAAGCAACGUUUUUCUAUAUUUCAGCCAGUUCAUUGACAAGCAAGUGGAUAGGGGAGGGUGAAAAGCUAGUGAGGGCUCUUUUUGGUGUAGCAAGUUGUCGCCAGCCAGCUGUAAUAUUUGUUGACGAAAUAGACUCUCUCCUAUCUCAGCGUAAGUCGGAGGGUGAACAUGAAGCAAGCAGAAGACUCAAGACACAGUUCCUUAUUGAAAUGGAAGGAUUUGACAGCGGCAAUGACCAAAUUCUCCUCAUAGGAGCGACAAAUAGACCCCAAGAGCUCGAUGAAGCAGCUAGAAGACGACUUACCAAGAAGCUCUACAUCCCUCUUCCUUCAUCUGAAGCAAGAGCCUGGAUUAUAAGGAAUCUCUUGAACAAAGAUGGACUAUUUACACUGUCCGAGGAGGACAUGAACACCAUAUGUAACUUAACCGAAGGGUACUCGGGAUCAGACAUGAAGAACCUGGUGAAGGAUGCAUCGAUGGGUCCACUGAGAGAAGCUCUCAAACAUGGAAUAGAGAUAGCCAACCUGAAGAAAGACGACAUGCGUCCUGUUACUCUUCAGGACUUUAGGGACGCAAUGCAGGAAGUCAGACCAUCGGUCUCCAUGAAUGAACUCGGAAUCUACGACGAAUGGAACAAACAGUUCGGGACUUUGAACCUCUGAGAGACGGAAAUUAAGAAAGAGCUCUGCUCUAUGAAGGUUGCCCCCCUUUUUGUGGUCUUAUUUCGGACAAUAUUGAUCGGUAUUAUAAUCAUCACGAGCCUUUUAGGAUAGAAAUCCGUUGGAGGAAAGUAGUUGAAAUUAUACCGUAUCUUGCCAUAUGAACAGUAAGGCUUAAUCAAUGAAGUGAUUCACGGAACAGAGGGCAUAUCAGUUCUGUAACCAUUGUUUCAUCCCAAAAGAACCGGUUU